CUCGACGCGACUUCCAAACAAAACAUUGAGCGCAAUACAGAACGCAGUUUCUCUAUGGCUUGAAACGUCAAAGCCGCAAUUUGUCCUUAAACUCUAUGCGCAGGGAUUCAUGAAGUCACGAACCUUCUGCGAGUGCCCUCAAAACGAUCAUGGAGAAGUUCUUGCGGGAUUGGCGCCAGGAUGCGCUGAACAGGCACCAGUACGAUUCGGCCAUUUUCAUAGGUGACAAGCUGUUAGCAUUGACCCAGAACGACAAAGAUGCCUUCUGGCUUGCUCAGGUUCAUUUCUCUACAGGCAACUAUACUCGCGCUCAAAGCUUUCUUUCCAAACAAGAUUUAAUUGCACGAAACCCAUCCUGCCGUUAUCUUGCCGGACACUGCUUGAUCAAGCAGAAUCGUUUUGAAGAGGCGCUUAAUGUCCUCGGCGAGAGGAACCCUACUCACCUCAUCGCAGCUGUCAGCAACAGUAGGCGGAAAAUACAGCAUACGAACGGACACCACAGAGCAGGGGCGAAGGCCACGGGGCGUGGAGACAGACAUGACCGAAGAGAUGAUGGAGUCCAUGAUGAAGCCGCGAACAUACGAUUCGAAGCAGCCAUGUGCUUCCUUCGAGGGCUCUGUUACGCCAAGCAGAAUGCGUUUGAUCGCGCAAAGGAAUGCUAUAAAGAUGCCGUACGGAUUGAUGUUCAGUGCUUCGAGGCUUUUGAACAGUUGAUGAAGAAUUGUUUGAUGUCUCCAGAUGAGGAAUGGCAGUUUCUGGACUCCCUAGACUUUGAUGCUAUUUCUGUGACGGACGACCCUUCCUCUUCUCAAGAGGCUGCAGAAUUCACAAAAAUGCUAUACACGACCAGAUUAUCGAAGUACAAAAACCCUACAGCUUUCUCAACGGCGACCGAAACGCUCUCAACACAUUACAACCUUUCUAACAAUCCCGAUCUGCUACUUUCGAAAGCUGACCUGCUCUUCACACAAUGCAAGUUCAAAGAUGCUUUGACCAUUACAAAUUCUAUCCUUCAAGACGACAAGUACAAUUUCAGCAUAUACCCCCUCCACUUGGCCUGCUUAUAUGAGCUGCAAUUAAAGAAUGCGCUGUUCCUCAUAUCCCAUGACCUGGCAGACAACCAUCCCGAAGAGCCUUGUACGUGGCUGGCUGUUGGAGUGUAUUAUCUUGCGACGAACAAAGUUGCGGAAGCUCGAAGGUAUUUCAGCAAAGCAAGCAUGAUGGAUCCUCAUUUUGGGCCUGCUUGGAUAGGAUUUGCCCACACCUUUGCCGCCGAAGGAGAGCAUGAUCAGGCAAUAUCAGCAUAUUCGACUGCCGCCCGGCUGUUCAUGGGCACACACCUGCCUCAACUGUUCUUGGGCAUGCAAAAUCACAUGUUGAAUAAUAUGACUCUUGCCGACGAAUUUCUCAAGACGGCGUACGGGCUUUGCACGACCGAUCCGUUACUUUUGAAUGAAAUGGGUGUGGUAUUCUAUCAUCAAGAACGCUUACAGGAAGCUGUCGAGAAGUUCACCGAUGCCCUACGGAUUGCAGAUGAGAUCGACAGCGAUCCAGCAGCUUGGAUCUCAACACGAUCGAAUCUUGGUCAUGCAUAUCGAAGACUUCAUGAAUGGGACUUGGCAUUUGACCAAUUUGACGAAGUUCUGAGACUUGGGGGCAAAGAUCCUUCUAUUUUCUGUGCGAAAGGACUAGUUCUGAUGGAGCAACAUCGUCCAUUCGAUGCUGUUCUGGUGUUUCAUGAGGCUCUGGCAAUCUCGCCGCAAGAUGCCAUUGCCACGGAGCUGCUGAACAAAGCACUGGAAGAAACCGCAGGUGGCGGGCCCGAUGGAGUGGAUGACAUCGGCGAGGACGACGAGUUCGAGAGGGAGAUUGCUCAAAAGAAAGUCGAGGCAUCUCAUUUCUUUGCAAGAAGAGGAGGAAAGGGGAAAGAGACGUUCAGGGCGAGGUAUAGCAGCGGAGUUGGGCUCGACGGAAACGGUAGUCUUAUGGACCUAAGUGAUGAUGAUUGACGAUCGAAAUGGCAUAGUCGGCAUACAGCAUUAUAUGGCGUUUGGGUGGAAGGGCAAAACAUAGCGAGGGAUAACUUAUGUUGGAGGAAUGGGGUAAUAGCAUUAUAUUGGAAUGUUUACAAUGAUAAUACAAGAGAGCCAGGGCUCCAAACGAACAUGGUGCCCGUUGCCAGAAUCAGCUCUGGUCUUUCCUCCUAAACGCCAGAUCAAGUACACUGCAACCUAGCGUGCAAGACUUCGACUGAUUCUCCAAGCAUCCUGGUUUCCUUACAGGAUAUUGCAACUUUUGUGUCCAAUCGAAAAUACUCCAAUCCGCGUG